AUGGUAUCUUUAAAACAAAUACUGGUCUUUCUACUAUCACUAAGCGUUUUUGUGUAUACAUUUUAUGUGCUGGGAACAUUUAUGUUAUUCAUGUCGCGUCCGCGAAAUGUACCCAAAAUAUAUGUGUGGGUGUUUAAUUUGUUGGACAAUAAGUCCCGUUUGGAGACAAGUUUUGGUCCAAUCGUGUAUGAUACUCUAUACAUUAUUGGAUUUAUAUUACAACACAGCUGUAUGAAAUCCGCACUUGUUAAAGGGCUAAUGGAAAAGUUGGGAUUGGCAGCAGCAGAACGUUCAAUAUAUUGCCUUACGUCAUCGUUAAGUUUACAUUAUCUCAUACGAAAUUGGCUACCAGCACAGUCAAUAGUGCUUUGGCAGGUGGAUGUGACUUCUAGUAAUGUUUUAUGGUGGACGUUCGCACUCGUGCAUGCAUUUGCUUGGAUGAUAAUCUAUGGAGGUAGUCUAAUUAUGGAUUUACCUGAAAUAUUGGGAGUGAAACAGGCUUAUUAUGAUAUGAAGGAUUACGCCCAGCCAAUGGCUUAUAAAUCGUUUAGGUUGCGCCAUCUCUAUACUCAUGUACGUCACCCAUCUUUUGUCGGUUUAAGUGCGAUCUUUUGGGUUACAAAUCUUAUGACAAUUGAUAGAUUUUUGCUGGCUUCAUUAAUGACAUCAUAUAUGUAUAUUGCUUGGUCAACAGAUCGCAGUGAUGUAGCUUACCAACGUAACCAACUUCAACGUAAAGUGCAAGAACUUAGAAAUCAGUAAUCAGUUAUAAAAAGUUCAAAGCAUUUCUGAAUAUAAAUUCAAAGAUUUAUUCACAUCAUUUCAUUAACAAUAAUUUAUAUCUUACUCUUUUCUAGAAAUUAAUAAAUAUUUUUUACUAAUACAAAAUGA